AGCAGUUUAGAAGAAAUGGCGGACAUGGACGAAUUGUUCGGCGAUGGAGACAGCGACAAUGAACAGCGAGAGUCUGGCUCGGGAUCCGGUUCAGACUCCGAUCGGGAAAGACCUCGAUCUGCCAGCAACGCCUCGGGCAGCGGCAGUGACAGUGAGAGGGAACGGGAUGAUGACGACGAAGAAGGCCAGGAGGGAGGAAAACCCAGUAUGAACAAGGAACUGUUUGGAGAUGACAGUGAGGACGAGCAGCACAGUCAACACAGCGGCAGUGACAACCAGUCUGAACGGUCGGGGAACCAGUCAGACGCCAGCAUGCACUCAGACCAGGCGGAGAAUGAACACUCUGAUGUAGAGCAGCACAGCGGCUCAGAGCGCGGCCAUCGAGAUGAGGACGAGGAAGAAGGGGGCCACAGGUCCGAUGGAGGAAGCCCAGCUGGCAGCGAGAUGUCUGGAGCAGGGAGCCCUCGCUCUGACAGAGGGAGCCCUCGCUCUGACAGAGGGAGCCUUCGCUCUGACAGAGGGAGCCCUCGCUCUGACAGAGGGAGCCCUCGCUCUGACAGAGGGAGCCUUCGCUCUGACAGAGGGAGCCCUCGCUCUGAGAGGGGCAGUGUUCACUCAGACAGAAGCGUGCACAGCGACCCCCGGACUCCUCAGUCUGUUCCCGGCACCCCUCACUCUGACGGAGAGGCUUCUGAGGAGAACCAGUCAGAUGAUGAGAAGUGGGAACGAGGGGCCAAGAGCGACCAAUCAGAGGACGAGGAGGAGAAACGCCGGUACUCUGAUGAAGAGAGAGAGAACUCGGACGACGAGGGGCCGAGGAACAGGAAGUCGGUUACGCCACAGGGCUCGGCAAAGGGGAGCGAUAGUGAGGAUGAUUUCCUCAGACAGAAAACCAAAGCGAAAGCUGCCUCUGAUUCGGAUUCUGACAGCGAUAUCGGAACCAAGAAGACAAAGACAACAGCAGCAGACGACCUGUUCGGAGAAGCAGACGACAUCUCAUCUGACAGUGAUGCAGAAAAGCCUCCGACCCCUGGACAGCCUCUGGAUACAGAGGAUGGGAUGGAGGGGGAGCAUGCAGAAGAGGAGCCUGCGCCUGAAACCCGUAUUGAAGUAGAAAUCCCUAAAGUCAGCACAGACCUCGCUGACCUUUAUUUUGUCAAGUUGCCCAACUUUCUGUCUGUAGAGCCCAGGCCUUUUGAUCCUCAGUACUAUGAGGAUGAAUUUGAGGAUGAAGAAAUGCUGGAUGAGGAGGGACGAACAAGGCUCAAACUGAAGGUUGAGAACACAAUUCGGUGGCGAGCCAGAGACGAGGAGGGAAAUGAAACACGAGAGAGCAACGCCCGGAUCGUCAAAUGGUCUGACGGCAGCAUGUCCCUCCACCUGGGGAACGAAGUGUUUGAUGUUUACAAAGCUCCUCUACAGGGAGACCACAACCACCUGUUCAUCCGUCAGGGCACAGGACUGCAGGGACAGGCUGUGUUCAAAACCAAACUCACCUUCAGGCCACACUCCACAGACAGCGCUACCCACAGGAAGAUGACCCUGUCCUUGGCUGACCGCUGCUCAAAGACGCAGAAGAUUCGAAUCCUCCCCAUGGCUGGACGAGAUCCUGAGUCGCAUCGCAACGAAAUGAUCAAGAAAGAGGAGGAGCGUCUGCGAGCUUCUAUACGCAGAGAGUCCCAGCAGAGGAGGAUGAGGGAGAAGCAGCACCAGAGAGGCCUGAGCAGCAGUUACCUGGAGCCAGACCGCUACGAUGACGAGGAGGAGGGCGAGGAAGCCAUCAGCCUGGCAGCCAUCAAGAGCAAAUACAAGGGAGGAGGAGGCCUGAGAGAGGAGCGAGCGAGGAUCUACUCGUCAGACAGCGAUGAAGGCUCCGAUGACGACAAGGCCCAGAGGCUGAUGAAGGCCAAGAAGCUUGACAGUGAUGAGGAGGGCGAGGGAUCGGGCAAGAGAAAAGCAGAGGACGAUGAAGAAACGGCCACCAAGAAGGCAAAAAAAUAUGUCAUCAGCGACGAAGAAGAAGAGGAGGAGGAGGUGGAGGAUGAAGAAGAGGAUGACGAAUAAUUCAUUUUUUUUUAUCAUUCCACUGUAUUAUCAGUGCCCACAUGGCAUAUAACCAGCCAUAUCUUGUUUUGUAGAUUUUUCUUAAGACGUGUGUGGGGGUGAGCGUGUUAUUGUUUAUGUUCUGUACAGCCGAGGAGAAAAUAAAGAAACGUCUCCUUAUGUAA